GCGGAGGGGGAAGAAAGGGGCCGGGCUGGAAUUGAUUAGGCGAGCCCCGGCCGGGGGGAGGGCCGGGCCCCUUGAAACCGACUAAUUGGGAAUGAAGAGAGCUGGAGCUGCACAAAGGAGGGCCGGGCCGGAGGGAGAGGCUCGGGGAGCGCGGCUGGCUGCGGGGAGGGCGCCCAGUGCCCUGCUCGGGACGCGCUCGCGCAACUCCCGCCCGCAAACUUUUCCGCCUGCUCCGCGCGGGUAGCAGCCAGCGGGCCGGGAGGCCGCGCCCGGGGCCCGGGGAGCUCUCGCCGCGGCAGGCACCAUGCGCCCCUCCAGCGUCCUGCAUCGGCUCUGCUCGCUGCUGCUCUGGCUGAACUUGCUGGGCUCCUGCUGGGGCCAGUUCCACGGCGAGAAGGGCAUCUCCAUCCCAGACCACGGGUUCUGCCAGCCCAUCUCCAUCCCGCUGUGCACGGACAUAGCCUACAACCAGACCAUCAUGCCCAACCUGCUGGGCCACACCAACCAGGAGGACGCGGGGCUGGAGGUGCACCAGUUCUACCCGCUGGUCAAGGUGCAGUGCUCGCCCGAGCUCAAGUUCUUCCUGUGCUCCAUGUACGCGCCUGUCUGCACGGUGCUGGAGCAGGCCAUCCCGCCCUGCCGCUCCAUCUGCGAGCGGGCCCGCCAGGGCUGCGAGGCCCUCAUGAACAAGUUCGGCUUCCAGUGGCCCGAGCGGCUGCGCUGCGAGCACUUCCCGCGCCACGGCGCUGAGCAGAUCUGCGUGGGCCAGAACCACUCGGAGGACGGAGGCUCCCCAGCACUGCUUACCAGUGCCACGCCGCUGGCUGGCCAGGGCACCCCGGGGGCGCCACGCUAUGCCACGAUGGAUCACCCCUUCCACUGCCCACGGGCACUCAAGGUGCCCAGCUACCUCAACUACAAGUUCCUGGGUGAGAAGGACUGCGCCGCACCUUGCGAGCCGGCCCGUGGAGACGGCCAUAUGUUUUUCAACCAGGAUGAGAUCCGCUUUGCCCGCAUCUGGAUCCUCAUCUGGUCCGUGUUGUGCUGUGCCUCCACCUUCUUCACUGUCACCACCUACCUGGUGGACAUGCAGCGCUUCCGCUACCCGGAGCGGCCCAUCAUCUUCCUCUCAGGCUGCUACACCAUGGUGUCAGUGGCCUACAUUGCAGGCUUCGUACUGGAGGAGCGAGUGGUCUGCAACGAGCGCUUCCAGGAUGAUGGCUACCGCACUGUGGUGCAGGGCACCAAGAAGGAGGGCUGCACCAUCCUCUUCAUGAUGCUCUACUUCUUCAGCAUGGCCAGCUCUAUCUGGUGGGUCAUCCUCUCCCUCACCUGGUUCCUGGCUGCUGGCAUGAAGUGGGGCCACGAGGCCAUUGAGGCCAACUCGCAGUACUUUCACCUGGCCGCCUGGGCCGUGCCAGCUGUCAAGACCAUCACCAUCCUUGCCAUGGGGCAGAUUGACGGUGACCUCUUGAGUGGCGUCUGCUUCGUGGGGCUCAACAACAUCGAUCCGCUGCGUGGUUUUGUGCUGGCACCGCUCUUUGUCUACCUGUUCAUUGGCACCUCCUUCCUGCUAGCUGGCUUCGUGUCGCUCUUCCGCAUCAGGACCAUCAUGAAGCACGGUGGCACCAAAACCGAGAAGCUGGAACGGCUGAUGGUGCGCAUCGGCGUGUUCAGUGUGCUCUACACCGUGCCUGCCACCAUCGUCAUUGCCUGCUACUUCUAUGAGCAGGCCUUUCGGGAGCACUGGGAGCGCAGCUGGAUCAGCCAGCACUGCAAGAGCCUGGCCAUCCCCUGCCCGCUCCAGUAUACGCCGCGCAUGACCCCCGACUUCACUGUCUACAUGAUCAAGUAUCUCAUGACUCUCAUUGUGGGCAUCACCUCUGGGUUCUGGAUCUGGUCGGGCAAAACCCUGCACUCCUGGCGGAAGUUUUACACCCGGCUAACUAACAGCAAGCAUGGGGAGACCACGGUGUGAGCAGGGCCAGGGGGACUGGCGCACUCGCCCAGGAGAGAGGCUAGAGGAAAGGAUGGGCAGGGGGAAAGAGAGCUGGGGCAGAAGCAAAAAAUAUUUAAAACUCUUUUUUUAAUUAAAAUCUAAACAACCUUUGUUUUAGGUUUAUUAACAUCUAAGGGUGUCUUUUGUAAUUAAACCUGUAAAUAGCAUUUGUAAAUUUAAUUAUAUAUUUCUAUUUAAAAAAAAAAAAUCCACACACACACGAAGAGAUCCAGAAACUUUGGGGGAGGGCAAGGCAGAUCUCUUCCCCUCUCCUCUCUUUGGUACUAAAGGUUUUUUUUUUCUUCUCCUUACUCUGACUUGGCAAUACCUCCCUCUACAUGGAGCCAUAGAGACUGAUUUUCUGUUUGUGUUGGCUGUGGGGGAACAUUUUCAGUUGAACUUCCAUAAAAGCCAGAUCUGUAAUCGCUGUUCCCCUGAUGUGGAGAUUAUGGAAGCUGUUCUGUAUUAAAGGCAGACUUGGAUACAUCUUAAAAAAAUCUCCCCUUUUCUCUCUGGAAAUCUACGAGGAAAGUUUGUUUUUUUUUGUAUAUGAAGAGACUUGUUAAGGGGCUUUUUCACUUCUUUUUUUAUUCCGACAGCAGUGUGUACUGGCUACGAGGAUCUCCUAGUGCAGUGGUUCUCAAUCAUUUUUGCACCAGGACCCAUUUGUAAACAUCUGGCCAAUUCCGACCCAGUGGCCCUCACUCCCAAUCUGCUGCCCCCAGGCCCCAGCCCCCCGGUGUGUGGGGCAGUGGGUGGGUAUAUGAAGCAUGGGGGGCCCCAAGCAGCCCCUCACAGGCUGAAACUCUGACAGCCUGCAAGGGAAAAGCCACGGUUUCCCACAUUUUUCUCCUUUAAAGGAGAAAGGCACAUGGGAUUGAUGCAUGAAGACAGGAACCCCCAGAUCAGCAAUUAUUUUUUUCAUUAGCACCCACAGUUUAACUAGAGGCCUCUCCCGUUCUCCUAAAAGCUAUUUUUUUGGCAUUGUACAUUUAUUCCAAAAUGUUGUGUACAACAGUUUCUUUCUAUACUUCAUUCCCUUUUAAGCUGUCAUCUUUGCAAAUACAGUCAAUUAAAAAAGAACAACAACAAAAAAGAACCCAACUUCUGCAGGUUUUUUUGUUCUUAUAAAUGAAGAGCUAUAACCCAAAAUUAUAACACAUUAGAAACAGAAAUUCAAGAUUCCUUUUUUUGUGGUGGGAUGCUUUUUUUCUACAGGUAGGCAUUUUUUGAAGGCAAUAAGUGGGCUGGGAAGCCUUUCUGUUACAAAAGCUCUCAGACAUUGGAUCGGGAAAUGAGAUUUUAUUAAAGUUACAGCUGGGGGGGGGGAACGGGACGACCCAGAUGGGUUACUGUGCCUUUGUAAGCAUUUGCUGAUGUGAACUAGAUCCCUCCUAUAUCUGAAAACUGAUAGAAAGCUUAAGAAAAUUUUCUCUAACUUUAUAGUCAUUGGAUAGAUUUAUCUUUUUUACCCGUUUUACCUAUCUGGAAUACCAUUUUAAAAGUUUUCUUUAAGUUUAAUUUCCAGAUUUUACAAAAAUGCUAUAACUCUUGUAAUUCUCUGAAUCAGUAGGCUACUGCUCAGAUCAGCAAAAAGAUCAUUUUAAAAGCAUGAAUGAGGAAACUGCAGCUGCACACUUUGAAACUGUUUCUGAAGCAAUUCCAGGCUCCAAACUGGAAGCAUUAAAACUAAAUUUAUAGAAACUGCUCCCGUGAUCAUAUACAAAGAUUGGUUUCACUCCUAUUUUUUUGUUUAAUUCAAUUUUCUUUUAAUUUGGUGGGGGGGUGGGGCUGGGAGGUUAGUUCUUUUGUUUUUGACGGUGAGGGACGUCUAAAAAACGAUGAGGUGGCAAAGAAAUUAAAUAAAUUUGGUUUGCGAACUUGCCUCUGGGUCACAAUGGGGGGAAAUGCUAACGGCUGUCCUAAAAAGGAAGUAUGUUUUUUAAAAGAGGAAUGCUGAAAAUAUUUAUAUGAAAUUCUUUACCUCUGAGUUGAAAAGCCAAAACCCAGGAAUACUAGAAAUAAUUGGUUUCCAAUUUGAACUCUUUAAUUUUACUUGGUAGAUUUCAGCUCCUCCAGGCUGAAAACUGGUUUGAUCAAAAUCAGCAAAUACAAAAAUUGACUUCCCUCCCCACAAUAAAGUGCCUCACUGGUAAAUGAAGUGUGUUCUCAAACUGGCUUUAAUCAAGUAGUAAUGUGCAUGUCCUGAUCCUGUUUACUCAAACUCUCCAGAAAUUCACUGGAGAAUGCCAUCCAAUCUUGGCUAAUUAGAAUGUAGCUUGGUAUAUAUGAUUAUAUUUUUUUAAAAACCGUCAAAGGCAGGCUAGGUUAGUAAAGAGUUAAAUUGUCAAGUUUGUCUACGGUAUGGAUUGUGGAAAGGAAAAACUUCUUGGAUCCAGUUUAAUUUUUCCAAUGGUGAGUGUGGGGGAGGGUAGCAGGGGGCAAUGUAUCAAUAUUUUUUUCCUAUGGUGGUUUGGAAAGGGGAUUUGAAAAGCACACUCAAGUAUUUAAAAUGUAGGGAGAAUCAAGAUGCUUGCUUGCUUAUUGCCUGCUGCUGUUAGGCUCAUGUUAAAUGGGGUGUUUGCUCCUUCCCCCUCCCCCCCAAACUUUUGCUAUUAUUUUGCAUUUUUAAUCAAGAUGGUUUUUAUAUAUUUAUAUUGCCUCUCUCUUUCCUUCCCUGUCCUGAGAAAAAAAUGCUCAUGGUGACAUUUAUAAGGCCUGCAGAUGUUUUCCAAUGUAAGCAGGAUGAGGAGACUGAAAAAAUUGGGAGUUUGCAACAGUGGUAGAUAUUAACCUCUGCACUCAAUCCCGCCCACCCCUGGGUCAACCUAUUUCACUUUUUAAAAAAUCUCCUUCCCCAAGCUUCCUGAGAUAAAGAGGACUUUAGAAGGGAGUUUAGGAACAUGUUUUAAUUGUAUGCGUGUUUGUUUCAAAAAUCUAAAAUAGGGAAUGGGGGAAGACUUUUUCUAACGUGAACCAGAUGGGAGUGGUAAGCUGUGAACAUGUGUCCUGUAUCAAAAUGGUCCUCAUAGAUAAAGACAAAAUACAUUCCAGCUGCCUUUUGUACCCCAGUCCUUAGUAAAGAGGGAGAAGGGUGGGUCACUUAAAAAAAUUGCCAUCUUCCAACUUAUCCUAGAUCAUACUCCAAGAUGUGUGACUUGGAUGGUGCUUUGCUAUGCCAGAACAAACUGAUCUCUUGUCAGAGUCCCAGUUGUUAAUCCAGUGCACAUCUUGGCUACGAUUUUCAAAAGCUUUCUGGGGGCUGCUCAAAUUGGGGUACCUGAGGUUGUGAGUGCUUUUAAGCCUUUAUAAUGACCCUCUGAAAAUUGGGGCCUCUCAUGUCAAGCAGCCAAAAUGGCUAGUUGCUUUUAACUAUCUUGUCCCAAGUCUUGAAACUGCAAAUGUAUAUUGAAAGGGAAUGUUUUAAAUUAGCUCCUCCUUGAUGUAGCUGCCAGGGUUCUAUACACUGCCAACACUUGCAGCAGCUCCAGGAAUGCUGCGUUGUGCUCGGCUUUAGGUGUCAGUGGUGUCCUCAACUCUUGCAGGAGAAAGGCAGUACCCCGAGGGCCUGAACUUUACUGUUGACAGAUGAGGAGCCUCUCCAUUCAUGUCUCUUAAAAUCCAUCUAUUUGUGCACUUUUAAAUCAAGCUUGUUAAUCAGCUGAGAUCACAAGCAGCUGUUUCUUGUUAUUUGGUUGUACAAAGGCAUUCUAGUUUACCCCUAGAAGAUAGAUCACACCCAACUCUGCUUAACAUCCUUUGUGUUUUCAUAGACAAAAUGCGGUGUGCAAAUCGCUAGGGGACAGGGGAAUGUAAACCCUCCACCAAGGAACACAAAUUCUAUGCGUCGCUCUCUCUUUUAAAACAAAACUUUCAGUGCCCUUGCUUGAAAAAAGUGUUGAAGGGAUGUAACUUUAAAAAGUUUGAAUCUGGCUGUCUUCUUUGUGCCUGCAGUCAUCUCUUGGUGUUGGCGUCGGAUAACUUACAGUACAAAUGGAUAUACUGGAAAGGGCCAAAUUCUGCUUCCUCCCCCCCCCCCGAAAAAACAAACAAACAAACAAACCACCAAACCAAACCUCCCCAGUAGCAACUGGAUUUGCAAUUGCUGCUUAAGAUUUUUCUGUAAACACUUUUCUUGUUCUAAAGUUCCCAGUGAUCUAAUUUUAACAAAUAAUUGGUAUCAUUCUUUAUGGAGUAGGAGAUUGCCAAGGACCUUACCUUGUGACUAAAUACAAAGGCCUUUCACAUAACUCUCUUUUAGGUUAAAGUUGAAUUGGGUGGCUCUCUCUCUGUCUCUCUCUCUUUCUUUCUUCCUUUUUUUUUAAUAGGAAUGGGAGGGUUUUGUUCCCAGUUAAGUGUGGAAAGUUGACACACUGGCUUUGAAAUGGAGAUUUUCCCUUAAACUCUCAAGAAAAGCAGGAGUCUGUUUAAUGUAUUAAAGAGCCCAGCUGUUGCAGUGUAUGAAAAGACUGUAGAAAGUUUGAUCUAGGCAAGGGAGAAACACCUCCAGGUUCAUGUAAGCUGGUAUGUGUGCACGCGCACGCACACGCCUGUCUCUUUGCUCUUCGUGCUCAACACAACUGCAGAAAUUUUAAAUAAAUAAGUUCAUUCUCUUGCAUCAGACUAGAGAUGGCCUAAUCGUGAAGUAAGAUUUGCUUCUUUAAAUGACAUGCGGUUGCAAAUGUGUGAUCAGAGCAGCAUGAGGCAAUCUGAGCUGUUUAAUAAAUUCAAAACUCUUUCCAGACAGAAAAAAGAUAGCUCUAAGCUAGAAGGAAGCUGCUGCCCAAGAGUGAGUUUGACAGACUUUGGAGCAGCUGGAAGGAGAGGUUAAGGUAGGGGGAGAGGAGAUAUAAAAGCAAGUUGGAAUUCAGCCCCAUCUACCUAGGUUUUUGUGUUGGGCUUAUGAUGGGAGCAGGGGGAGGCCCUUGGCUUGACCUCCGUCUCCUGUAGGCCCCAAUCAGCUGUUCUGGGGGGCAAACUCCAUGGACUACAGGGGCUUGAUUCUGCAGAGAAGCUGACAGGAUUGCACCCUAAAAGGCCCAUCUGGUGCCAUCCAUUUUUAAGCAGAACUCUCCAGUGAGGUCACAAAUGACAAAUGCCCACAGUUGCUGCUUAAAUAAAUAAUUAUAUGCAAAACCUUGGGCUUCCCAGGGGCAGGGGAAGGAACCUCUUGUCUUCUGGGGUGGAAACCGCAUGUGGAAAGCUUUCUUCUAUGUGCAUGUCCCUUUUUGUAAACUGGAGGGAAUACACCAGAGAGGCUGAGAGAGAUCCAGGGAGGGAGCCCCAGUCCGGCUGAGGUGGGGUCCCUUUGAUGUGAACUAAUUAGGCCUGCUAUGUUUUCACAGCUGGUUUAGCGUGGCUGAGCUCUAUAGAAGUCAAUUAAAGUGUGUCUUCAACCCCUUCCUUCUCCAAAUCACCCUGUCUGGUGCUAAAUCCAAGCCCCACAGAGUACCUCCAACUCAUCACACAGUUGUUCUUGAUGAAAGACUCUGACCAGCUGAAAGGAAAAAAAUCCAGUCCAUUUAGCUGGGGAGGAAUAUCUAAUUCCUGCUAAUGCAUGUACAUUGUAACCUCUUUAUCUCCUCUUGGGAGGAGCACAUUGUGUUCGUAAAGCCAUGGGGUCAGAGCCAGGAUAGCUAUAAGGAGCACAGCUGUAUAUAUAUAUAUUCAAAUGUGUUUUAGAGCAGAAAUCCUUCUUGGAAGAGAAGGCCAUGUAUAUAUUGAUCAUAACCCAAUGGUAACAAUUCAUAACAAUUCAUUGCAGGUGGACACUGCCUAGGACCUUUUAAUGAAUUAUAUAUUUUUUUUUAAUCGGUAAGAAAAGUAUGAUUUGUCUUUAAAUAACACAAAUGUGUUGUUUCUUUUUUAAAAAAAUAAAUAAGUUUGCCAAUGUCA